UACACUAUCUGCUGACGACAUCAGACCAGAAACUAGAUGUGCUGGCAUUCGACUACGUUAUCAGAGCCAUGUCCCUACAGAACAACUGGAAGGGUGCUAUGUCUGUCUUCCGUGAAAUGGCCCGUCCCAAUGCACCUCUCCCCACAACCAGGACCGUCCAGGCUGUGGUGGAUGUGUGCUUGCGCUCACGGGCUCUGGUGUCAUCCGGUGUGCUCUUGAGCGAGGCCGAUAAACUAGACAGUCUAGACGUCUCCAGAGCAGACGUAACCAUGGUUACCAUGGCAGGAGGUCAUGCUGGUGUCCAACCUUCCAGGCUUUUGGAAGACCCUGACUUGUAUGAUGCUACCCAGUCACAAGAUAAAGCAACAGACGUAACAAAGACCGAUGCUGAGAUAAAAACCCAGGCAGAGAUUGAUAGAGUGGGUGAGGGCGAACUCUCAAGCUCUGAGGCCGUCGCUGUACUGUUAGAAGACUCUGACCUGUACGCUACUCAACCACAGGAUAAGACGAUAGACGCCCACGAGUCUGGGCACGACUCAGUCUCUAGCACACAGCCAGGCAGUCCAGUGGAAACACCGGGUGUAGUGACAGUCGGGACAGACGGGAAGACUCCAGGGUCAUCUGCAACACACCCCCAGGCACAGACCCAACAGGCGCAAGCGACUACAAAUCCGCCUGCGACGCUAACGUUCAAGAAACUCCAGGAAGCGCAUACACAAACGAACCCGGAGAGUGUAGUCCUGGACGAACGGGAGGAUGCCGUAUCACUGAGUGCAGAGGACGCCAGUGAUGUGGAUGAGGCGAGGGAUGGUCUGUACGGUGUUGUAUCUGUACAGGGUAGGGCACCCAGACAGUUGUCCGGGUUUGUGACCACAAUGCGAUAUAGGCAGUUGACUGUCAGUCAGAGACGGGCGCGCGAGGCCCGCGUCAAAUCGCACCCGAUGAUUACGUAUGUGGACGAGAAGGCGGGGCUGUCGCAGGCGGACGAGAGGGACAUACGGCGCAUGACUGAUAGUAUACUGGCCAGUAUGCGCUUGUGAGAUGCAUGGAUAGACCAGCCGUGUAAUGCCUAGUUAGUGUGCGCGAACCAGAUGUUCUGGAAUAAAGUGGUGGCUGAGGAGAGGAAGAGGA